AUGGCCAGGAUUUUCCCAAUAUUCUUCCUUUGACCACGUUGAAGCCACCAUAUAUACCACAGAUUAAGGCACUCUUCUUCCCUUCUCACGAAAGCAAAAUACCAACUCAUCUUCUCUUUUCCCAAUUCUGGUUGCCCCCCUGGACAUGAGUGAAACCAUGUCUGGUCCUACCGAUUGGGCGCAAUUUUAUCAGCAAAAUCUUUCUGUCCAGGAAGCACCGAAUCGUGGUCGCGUCGUGCCAUCGGAAUCAGUGUUUGGUGAUCAAGGCUCUGAUGCCACUGUUGUUACCACUACAAUCACCUCGAGCAGCGCGCCAAGCCCAUUAGGCUCCGGUCCAGCUGGUUCCAGUGCUGGCCAUUUGAGUCCCGAAGGCCGCGUUGCGAAGCCGCUACGAAGACGAUCUAGGGCUUCGAGGCGAACCCCUACUACCUUGCUGAAUACGGAUACUACAAAUUUCCGAGCCAUGGUUCAACAAUUCACGGGUGGUCCCAGUGCACCUUUUCCAGGCCACUCUGGUGGACCAAAUUUCGGGUUCGGUUUUGGAGUACGUCAACCACAUGUUAACCCUGGUUCUCUGAUGAUUCCUCCGGGAGGAUUUCAUUUGCAAUAUCAACAGCAACAACAGCCUCAGCAACAACAUCAAUUCCAGCAGCAAAACCAGCCGUACAUGUUUUCACUGAGCAGCAAUAAUCCAGGAGCAGGGGACCUCUUCCUUCAGAGACUAGGGGGGAACCCGAGGCCCAACAUGGAAGGGUCGGAUGGGUUUGUUGUGGAGGGUGCUUCCUCACAGGUUCCACCUUCUAGAACACCUUCCUCCAAUGAGAAUAGGAGUAACGCUACGUUCAUGUUUUGAGAGGGACAUAAAGGAGAAAGUUAGGUACUGACUUGUCUUAGGGAGAAACAAUUGACCAAUGUAAAUAUUGUUUUACUUAACACCUUUUUUUUUUUCUUCUUUUAUGCCAAUGUUUAUUCCUAGAUAGACUCCACUGUUUGAAGUUGGGAGUUUCUUUGUAGUAAUCAAGGGGGGUGAAAGGAUUCUUGUUUUCAAAAACCAUGGGCCUACAGUGGGAAUUGUUGAAUCGAAUUUGUUGAAAUAUGGAUCAUCUAUAUGAUAUUGCUAUAGCUUCAUUUCUUUU